AUGGCCUUCGUCUCUGCAACCUCCGCCGCCUCCGCCUCCGCCACCUCCUUCCUCUCCGUCCUGUCCCCAGAUCGCAGCGUUGGCGCGUGCGUCUGCCCGCGGCGCCGGCAGCCGUUCUCAGCUCCGUUUCACGCGGCGAAGGGCCCCAACUCGGCGCCGGUGGUGUUGGAGAGCAAGGCUAAGGAAAGAAGAAGAAGGGAACCUGUUCCAGACAACUUCCCAUUUGAAAUAAUUGACGAAGAUGGUAUGAGCGUGGUUAUUUUGAGAAGGGACUACAAGGAUGAGAAGAUUGAGGUUACUGUCAGCAUGCCUAAUUUAGAAGGAGGCCCUGAAUUUGAUGAUGAGGAUGGUGAGGGCGAUGGUGAGAGUUCUGCCAAGGAUGAUGAAGAAGCAGAAGAAGAUGAUGAGAGUGCCGGAGAUAGCAGCAUUUCUCUUAAGGUGGUAGUUUCCAAAGACUCUGGCCCAAAGCUUGAGUUCACAUGCACAGCCUUUCGUGAGGAGAUCACCAUUGAUGAUAUGCUAAUAGUAGAGAGAACAGACGAUGAUGGAGAAGAGAAGUUCCCUUAUGAGGGCCCUGAGUUCAUCGAGCUCCCUGUGAAUGUUCAGAAAGGCCUGUUCAAAUACUUGGAGCAAAGGGGGGUAACGCUGUCGGCUACCAACUAUAUGCACGACUACAUGGUGACUAAGCAGGCUCAGGAGUACAUCCGGUGGAUGACUAAGCUGAAGGAUUUCGUCAAGCAAUGA